GUGGCUUUAUUUGGUAUAGAAAUUUUAUCAACCCUCAUUUCACGUCUUCAGGAUCACUUUAAAACGCAUAUUGGUACAGUGUUGCCAAGUCUAAUAGAUAGACUAGGAGAUGCUAAGGAUCCAGUUCGAGAACAAGAUCAAAUCCUCCUGUUAAAAAUUAUGGAGCUAUCGGCUACUCCACAGUACGUCUGGGAACGAAUGUUAGGAGGAUUUAAACACAAGAAUUUUCGAACGAGGGAAGGGAUUUGCCUUUGCCUUAUUAGCACAUUAAAUGCUUACGGAGCUCACAGUUUAACUCUGAGCAAAAUUGUACCGCAUAUCUGUAAUUUAUUAGGAGAUCCAAACAGUCAGGUCCGAGAUGCAGCAAUAAAUAGUUUAGUCGAAAUAUAUAAGCAUGUAGGAGAGAGAGUCCGUGCAGAUCUUCAUAAAAAGGGGCUACCACAAUCACGGUAAGAAAAUUU